AAAAAGUAACAACGAUUUCGUCGUAAUAUUCCAAAAAUAACAUAUAUUAAUAUGCGGGAUUAUUAACUAUUGAUCAAACUGUUCCUUUAAUAUUGUAUACUUCAAAACUGCCUGUCCAAAAUUGAACUUUUACCAUUGAUUAACAUUGAAAGUAAAUUAUCAAGGAAAUUCAAUGAUCGAGAUAACAAUCCAGCGUUGCUCGGAAGAUAGCGAGUUAUACGUUUGGACUAGUAGACUUGUCCUUUUACGACACGGGCUGGAAUACCUGUCACCUACAUAACAAAAAUGGCAGACGAGAAAGCAUUAAGCUAUAUAGAGGCUAGUCCCCAAGAGGAUGCGAGUGCAUAUGGUGCUAAUUAUGGAGCCCACAGAGAAGGGAUGACUAAAGAAGAGGUCGCAGAAUACUAUUCAAAAUGGGGAUAUAGCGGAAAAUAUGAAGAGGAUCUUUGUCCAGAGAGAUAUAACGGUCCAAAAUAUGGUGCCGAGACCUUAGUAGAGGCGUAUCCAGGCAACCGAGACUCUAUAAACAUCUUGGACAUAGCUGCAGGGACUGGAUUUUUAGGAGAAGAGUUGCAUAAGCGUGGAUUUAGAAAAAUAGACGCUUUGGAUCCAGCAGAAGGCAUGCUUGCAAUGGCAAGAAAAAAGAACGUGUAUGAUAGACUUCUCUGUGAAUUUAUGUGCGAAAAAAGACUUCCGGUUGAAAAUGAUACGUAUGACUGUACAAUCAUUGCUGGGGGUAUGGGUGAAGGUCACAUUCCAUGUGUAGCUUUACAUGAAAUGGUCAGAAUUACAAAACCAGGUGGUUUAGUUGUUAUAGUCAUGAGAGAAGAAUAUUUGGACUACGUUCAAGAAUAUAAAGACAGACUAGAGGUUCUGAUGCAAGAAUUAGAAGAUGCGGGAAAAUGGGAAAGCGUCUCAAGAGUUAUCGUUCCUAAUUAUUCAUUUGACAAUAAUGGUGUUAUAUUUAAAUAUAGAGUAUGUUGAUUUCUAGGACAUCAACUAUUGGGAUUUUGUUGUUACUAUUUAAAUUGCGGGUUUUAUUUUAUUGACAAAUGCAAACAUGAAUCUGAUUUUCAAUUAAACAUUGUUUAUCUCGGUUAUUUGAAUACAUGAGAAUGACUCUGCAGAUAUUUAUAUUUUCCACGUUUAAUAUCGGAUAUCACUCUGAUGAGGUGUUCCAGUAUGCUUACACUUGUUCCGAAUGGAGGCAGCUUAGGAUGAAAUCAAAUGUAUGUUUAUCAAGUAAAUGAAUCUCAAUUGCAUAUGAUAUAUUAUCAGAUUUUUCACAUCAUUUUUCAUAUCGCAUGUAUUAUCAGCCGUAGGUUCAAUAUCAGCCAAAGCCACAUGGCUCGAGGGCUGAUUUUGACCGAGGGCUGAUAAUACAUGAGAUAUGAAAAAUAACAUGCAAUGAUUCUUUUUAUCAAAUGCUUCGACAUUGCAGAUUGAUAUAUAAAUAGAAAUAGAAAAAUAGGAGUUCAAAGAAUGAAAAGUUUACAGACGUCAAACCCCUAAGAUAGUACAUUCAAAAUGAAAUCUUUCUGUCAAAUGCCUGAACUGAGAAGAAUAACAAUAGUAUGAUCUAUUCUAAUCAGAACGAUUAAACAAAUAAUUCAACAAUAUAUAUACUGUUUGCAAAAGUCAUCUUUUUAAAGUAACUUUCUACAAUAUGUUGGAAAUUUAUAGAGUGAGUUUAUUUUAUCAUUUUAAGUUCGUUUGUUAAAUUGUUUGUUUGUUUGUUAUUUUUUUUAUUGAAUUUUACACAAUAUACUUUCCUGUAUCUAAUUAUUUGUUUUGUACCCUACUUUGUUAUGUUUUUCACUAAAAAAGUAUCAUUGAUGUGUAUUUUUCGGAAUUUGCCGAGUAUCACCGGACUUCAUGUGCGAUAACGCCGAGACUACUAUAACACAUGUCAUAUAGUUGUCUCAGGAUAACGUUACGGAAAGGCAUGUGAUAAUAUUUGAAGCAUGUGAUAAAUAUUUCAUACCAGCCCGCUAAGCACCAAUUCGAAAAAAUAUGGAAUUGACGUGAUUUUAAUGCUAUUGUCAUACGGUAAAAAUCAUGUUAUUAAGCAUAAGUAUAUGAUAAUGAUUUUUAUUUGUUUGUAUAAUGUUAUUUUAUAUGAACAAUGUUGCAGUAAAUACCCCAUGAUGAUACAUUGAUUUCAGAUGAAUAUAUGAAGAGAUAACAAGAGUAUAAUAUAUCCGUCAGCUGUGGUAAAAUAUAUAUAUUAAUACGCAUUUUAAAUGAAUUAAAAAAUUUAAAUCAA